AUGGCGCAUCACAUAGAGGAUCGCUGGCUCUGGCUGGGGCUCGGCAUCUUCACCUUCUUCGCAGUCAAGGGCGUAGCCCACGGCCUCAGGCGCAUUGUCACUCUGACCGAAGUCCACAAAUCACUGCCUCCGAUCCCUCCGCUCCGCACCGAGGAUGCCAUCAAGUCUUCUUCUCUCGCAACGCUCGCUACAUGCGAAAACGUAGAGAUACGCAAGGCAGCCACCAAGAUACUGCUCGACCGCUUCAUCGCGCAUCCUUCCGCAUACAAGCACCUAAUUCGCGAUGCGAACUCGCGGAACGAGGAGCGCAAACACGCGGCGUAUCUAGCGUUCAGUCUGCUUGAGGAUUACGGCUAUGUGGGUCAUCAGUAUGGAGUGCCGCCGCCUAUGCCUGCUACGCCGCAGGCGCACCGACUGGGCGCGAGAAGGGAAUGGUUGAGGGGAGGGGAAGGUUCGACGAGGGCUGCCUUGAAUGGUGACCUUGAAGAGAGAGAUCUUAGGAGGCGGCGGAGGGAGGCUAUGGUGAUUCAUGAGGGUGAUAGACCAUUCAGUGAAGAGGACGUGUGGAUGAGGGACGGAGAGGGCCGCAUAAGCACUGAAGAGCAGGCAGGUCCGCGAAACGCAUUAGAGGUGUGGCAAGCGAGUGGGGACUGGCUCAAUCCUGUCACAGGCGAGUUAGUCAGGGAUGCACAGACAACUCGCGCAGAACGAUAA